AUGGCGCCCUCCGCAACGACUAGUGAUAGUGUGAAUGGCACCACCAAUGGCACCCAGUUAAAAGCAACAGCUCCCGUGUUCCAACCCGCUGGCACCGUAAACGCAGGUGUCCAUCGAUCAAAAUACCACGCCUCGUCCUCCGACAAAGCCAUUCAUGCCGAGCAUGAGUAUGCUGCACACAACUACCACCCUCUGCCUGUCGUCUUUGCCCGAGCACUAGGGACAACAGUAUGGGAUCCCGAAGGCCGCCAGUAUCUGGAUUUUCUCUCCGCCUAUUCUGCCGUCAACCAGGGGCAUUGCCACCCUGAACUUGUCAAGGCUCUAGUGGAACAGGCAUCGACAUUAACACUAAGCUCGAGAGCAUUUUACAAUGAUGUCUUCCCUCGUUUCGCAGAGUUCGUCACCAACUACUUCAACUUCGACAUGGUCCUGCCAAUGAACACGGGUGCCGAAGCAGUGGAAACAGCCAUUAAGAUCGCCAGGAAAUGGGGUUACAAAUCCAAAGGCAUACCUCAGGGUGAGGCUAUCGUCCUCAGCGUGGCAGAGAACUUCCACGGGCGGACCUUUUCAGCCAUUUCCAUGUCUACAGAUCCCGAGUCCCGGGAUAACUACGGUCCGUACCUUCCUGGUGUUGGUAGCACGUGUCCGAAGACCGGCAAAUUGAUUCCUUACAACGAUGUCGAGGCUGUCCGAACGGCUUUCGAGUCGCAUGGAGACAAGAUUGCAGGUUUCCUCGUUGAGCCUAUCCAAGGUGAGGCCGGUAUCGUGGUUCCUGACGACAACUACCUUUAUGAGAUUCGCCAAUUAUGCGACAAGCACAAUGUUCUCCUCAUUUGCGACGAAAUCCAGACUGGUAUUGCCCGCACUGGGAAGCUGCUUUGCCACGAGUGGGCUGGCGUCAAGCCAGAUAUGGUUCUACUCGGCAAGGCCAUUUCAGGUGGCAUGUACCCAGUCUCGUGUGUGCUCGGCCGCAGAGAUGUAAUGCUCACAGUCGAGCCAGGCACACACGGGUCAACUUAUGGAGGCAAUCCACUGGGCUGUGCGGUGGCCAUCCGCGCUCUCGAGCUCGUCCGUGACGAGCAAAUGACCGAGCGAGCCGAGAGAUUAGGACAGAUCUUCCGCGAUGGGUUGAAAGAUUUGAAGUCUCCCCUCAUCACGACGAUAAGAGGGAAAGGACUUCUGAAUGCUAUUGUGAUCGAUGAGGAGAAGACGAAUGGACACAGUGCGUGGGAUUUGUGCAUGUUGAUGAAAGAAAAGGGGUUGCUGGCCAAACCAACGCAUCAGAACAUUAUCCGCCUCGCCCCACCGUUGGUCAUUACUCAGGACGAAAUCGAGCGUGCACUGAAGAUUAUUGGUGAGGCCGUGGAGGAGUUGCCGGAUCUGAAGGGUGAGAAGGAGAAGAAAGUCAUUCCCGAGGGUGAGAAGAACGUCCACAUAGGGGUGGACAACUAA